CUUGCAGUGAAAACAGAGAGAGGUGGUCCGAGCUGAGAGGAGCUUUCCCAGAUAUUCUACUUUUCAAUAUCUAAUUUUCCAGCCAUGUAUGUGGAACUUACCACUCCUCGCAUUGCUGCAUGGAACGAUUUUUUGGUCAAGCAACACAUCAAGUUGGAGUUGGAAAUGCUUGGAGGAUUUGGCAAAGUUGAGUUGGUUAGCACAUCGGCGGAGCAAGAUGAAACAGAAAAAAAUAAGGCUCCUGCAGUUGAUGACCCAGUUGACCCAGAUGAGAAUGAAGACUUUGAUGUUAUUUGUGCUCGCAUGGAGGCAACACAACGUCAAAUCACCGAUGCACAAAGUCAUCUUAAUAGUCUUAUUGCAUCAUACAAUCGUGACGUGAAAGUGUUGAGGACUCGUUUCACCUUUUCACACUAUCGCACAGAUGAAGGCCAACCGUCAAAUUGUCAUGAACAUGUUAAUGAAAGUGGUGCACCAUUUUAUAUAAAUAAUCCACAUCAUUCACCUGUUCAUUCUGGUGGUCAAAGAAGAUCUUCUGAAGAUGACCUUGGAUGUACAAAUGAAGGGGUGUCAAAAAGACCCAACGUAGAAGAUGGUGUGUUCUUUGCAAACGAGGAUCCCCUUCACCCUGGGCCACACAAUAUGUUGGUGUUAGUGCAUUCGUGCAUGGACAACAAUGUGGAUGUAGCACCACAAGGCUCAGAAGAAAUACGACCACGAAGAGUAAAAAUGAAAGUACGUCGUCAUAGGUUGACGGAGGAAGAGACACAUGUUGCCGACUAUGUGUUUGACGAGUCAAAAGAUCCUAGUGAGAUGCUUUGUGCAUAUGGUGGCUAUGGCAUGACACGGGAACAACUUCAAUGCUUAGUAGGGGAGAGCUUCAUUGAUAUUCCGGUGAUUUCCAUGUUCUGCCGAUACAUGAAUGCAAAAGAAGAGAAUCCUUCUCGCAGACACUUUUUUAAUCCAUACUUUGGGGAAAUAUGUGGUUCAAUGAGCAAGUCUACCUCAAAAUCAACACUCAAGAAAAGAUUAGAUGUCAUACUGGGAUGUAUGCUAUUCUCUAUAUGCAACAUUGGGAUGGAAGUGGUCUUAAUAGAACCAUUAAUUCUGUAAGUUGUUAAAUAUGAUGUUAUGUUUUUAUUUUCAAAUGUACA